CACUGCUCCCUAAACGUGCCUGAUCUACGCCGGUUUGACGGGUCCAGCCGAGAGAGUCCACUUCACCUGAACUUCUUCACUGCUGUGAAGAUUUGAAACUAUUAGUGGUCCUGCGGCGUGACCAUGGCUCCCCCUCGGCUCACUGGAGCCCUGCGCUCCUUCUCCACCGUCAGCAAGCAGGACGAUUCAACUCAAGACCUUUAUGAUCUGAAGACCAAGCGCCUGAAGCGGCAGGAGAUAUUUGCCCGAGAUGGUCUAACAUGGCAGAAGAUUGUUCAGUUCUUCACACAACAUCUGGAGAAGAAAGAUCAGCCGGCGGCCUCUCGCGAGCUGAAGAACAUCCUCCAGGCUGCCAAACUCAUCGUUGGUACGGAUUUUGGCCAGGACACCAUUGAAAGUGCCGGAGUCUUCUUGUUUAAAACAUUCCACAACAAAGACCAAAUCAGUCAUGAGGAAACCAGGGCCAUAAAACAGAUGUUUGGACCUUUCCCGGCGUCUCCUGCCGAGUUGUGCUGUGCAGCUGUGGGUCGUUUAGUGGCCCAGAUCGGAGAAUCUCAGGUGGACGCUUUCAUCCAAACACAGAGCUCUCUCAAGACGGUGAACCGUGGGUCUGUCUUUGGACGAAACAUUGCUUUCUCAUUUGACGCGUACGCGUUGGAUGCUCACGACACUAUGCCCUGGUCAGAGGGCACUGAUAUGGAUCAGGCCAUGGACUUUCACAGCUUCCUAAAUCAUCAUGUUGGUGAGCGGAGGACUGGAGCUGAGAGAGAGGAUGCUUAUUCAGCGGAGGAACUGGAGCAGAGAAACGCAGACAGCUCCAUCCUGAGACAGGAGGUGGAGAAAUACCUGAACGACGGGAAUAUGGUCUCGUCCAGUGUCGAAGAGCUCUCCACCUCGCUUUUUGAGAUGCUUGCCUCCACACGGAGUGACGACGAACUACAAAACGAGCUGUUUGAGUUUCUCGGUCCUCAGGGGUUUGAGAUGAUCUCCAUGCUCCUUCAGAGAAGGUCAGACAUCGUGGACUCUCUUUUGUCCUUCCCGUCGGAUUGCCGAUCUUCCAUCAUGUCAGGAAAGCAUAAAGUGGUGCGAGAUGAGUCCAGCAAGCCAUAUACGGCUGCCAGGUGACCAUCCAGUCGGAGCAGGAGAGGCAGAUGAUGAAGAUUUACAGGAAGGAGGAGAAGAAGGAGAGGAAGCGAGAGAAACGAGGGGAUGAAGGGGAGUCCUGUGAGAGUGCUUUCCACUUC